GUUGCUUUUUCAGUUUCAAUCUCUUUACUGAUAUAAAAAAAAAAUAAAAUAAAAAAUCAGCAUAUAUCCAUUUUCCUCAAACUGACUGACUGACUGUGUGAGCUAGCAUUUGGCAGAAUUGAGAGCUGUUAGCCACGAGUAUUUCCGCGUAUUUUCCUGUAAAACCUGUCUGAUUGGUCUCACCUCCAUUCACUGAAGAUAUAAAAUUACAAUCUUCUUUUACUGACAUUCAGUUACGCAGUGACCAACUGCUCCAAGUGGAGAAUUAUUCGACAGCUUCCUGAACCUGGGUGAAUACAAUGCAGGCUACACACAAAGGCUACUCCUGAAAAGUGGGACAAUUCCCACUUUGCUCGUACAAUCUUUUGCUUCUGAAUCAGAAACUGGACACAGCGGAUCACAGGAUGUGUGAAAUGUAACACGGACUCCAAGGCCGGUAGCCGGCGCACAGGAAACAAAGAUUGCUCCUCACGCGACUGCCGCAGUGGCGCAGAAGAGACCGUUCCGCUUCAGCGCCACCAAAUGUUUUGGACAUCCAGAGAGCACGUGGCGGCGGGGCGGGGCCGCCGACACACCCACGGCUCGUGAAUGGUGCACCGUACGGAAGAAUUCCACCAUCCAGCAAGCAAGGGGAGAGUACAAAAGGGCGAUAUUCCACUCGCAGAAAGAGAGAAGUAUCUCCGAGCAUGUGCGCGAAUUUCUGGCGUGUUUUAUGCAGUUUUGCCGAUGCGUGCCUGUUUGCUAAUCGCUGUUGUGUGUUUUUCGGGUUUCAGGUGACUCUGACGUGAGUGACAGCUCCGCCCCGCCCCCUUGGCUGUAACCGCCGACGGCCAAGACCCUCACCGCCUGAUCGCCCUUCAACCCACACACACACCCACACGCGCACCUACACGCGCACCCCUGUUCACCGAUUGUCUUAAAUAAAUCCCCCAUAACAUUGAAACAGCCUCCUGUGUGUCUGUGCUCCGCCCACCGCUGGCUAAAAUCCCUACACUGGUGGAGGAUGCGGGCAUGAGCACAGACCCACCUGUCUAAAUAAGCGUUUUUUUUUUUUCCCCCUCUCUUUUCCCCAUUUUCCCUCUCCUCCAUUGGGGAUUGUUCAUAAACAUGGAUCCCAUGCUGCAGCACCUUCUGGAGGCCAGUAUUCAGCAGCAAACGGUGGCACAACAGUUUGCCCACAGCCUACAAGCGGUGACACAAGAGCUAGUGGCCCGGAGGACAGCGACUCCUGCAGCUGCUACGCACCUCCCUGAUCCUGGCCGUGAGGUCCAACACCUGCUUCCCCCUCUAAACCCCGAAGACGACAUCGAGGCCUACCUCGAGACCUUUGAGAGCGUCGCCCGCCGCGAAGAGUGGGACCGCGAUGAGUGGCCACGCAUCCUCAGCCCGCUGCUUUCCGGGGAGGCACGCACAGCCUAUUACUCCCUCUCUCCAGAGGAAGCAGCUGACUAUGGAGAGGUAAAGAGGGAGAUCCUGGCAUGGUGUGGGCGAAACCCGCUCCAGGCAGCGGCGGAGUUCCACCGGUGGCGCUACAGGCUGGGAGCCAAGCCACGUGGACAGAUGGACACCCUCCUGCGCCUCACCAAGAGGUGGCUCCAGCCUGACAUGCACUCUGCCACUGAGGUUGUAGAGAGGGUGGCCAUGGACCGGUUCCUGAGGACCUUGCCACCCACAGAACGCCAGGCCGUGGGGAUGCGAGCCCCCGGGACAUCCAGGGAACUAUUCACCGCCCUGGAACACACCCUGACCACCCAGGCACUCGGCAAAGAGGGACAGCACCAGCAAGGCCACCCGGACUAUGGAGCGCCCCAGGACGAGCCCAGCCCGACUGAGCCAGACCACGGGACACUGAAGAAGACCCAGAAAACCUGGCCAGCAGGACGUGUCCUCCCCACGCUGGAUCGGCCAAAAUCGCCGCAGGGAGCGAAGGAAGCACGAGUGCAACAGGCCUACCUGGCCCGAGGCGAGGUGGACGCCGGGACAGACGGUAAGCUGCACACACCUUCUAACCCUCUCUCGUCUGUAUUCCAGCAGGUAAACUGGCAGGGGAACUUUGGCCGAGAGCAGAAAGAGGACAGCCACCUGAAGUAUUGCUUGGCCCAGGUGCGCCAGAUCGAAGGGAUCGACCAGAGCCCGAACCAGAGGCUCCCCUCCUCUUACUUUCUGGUCAAAGGAGACUUACUGUACCACCGGACCAACCGCCGUGGGGAGACCGUGGACCCCUUGGUCGUGUCCAAAGCCAGAACGCAGGCCCUGAUGCACCUGGCCCAUGCCCAUCUGCUUGGGGGCCACCUGGGGGCGAGAAACACCCUGGAGAAGCUGAAGGACCAUUUUGUCUGGCCAGGCAUGGACGCAGAGGUCUGGCGCUUCUGCCAACAAUGCCCCCAGUGCCAACGCACAGCCCCAAGGAAGCCCCUGCCGGCACCACUCAUCCCGCUUCCCAUCAUAGGCAUCCCGUUUGAGAGGAUUGGCAUGGACCUCGUCGGGCCGCUCCCCAGAUCCACCCGAGGGCAUGAGUACAUAUUGGUAAUCGUGGACUAUGCCACCAGAUACCCUGAAGCGGUACCACUGCGUAAAACCACCUCCCGGAACAUCGCCAAAGAACUGGUGCUCCUGUUCAGCUGUGUGAAACACCUAAAGGCAUCGGUCUACUACCAACAAACGGAUGGGCUGGUCGAACGGUUCAACUGGACCUUAAAGCAGCUGUUGCGCCGGGUGGUAGACGAGGAAGGGAGGAACUGGGACCUUCUCCUGCCAUACGUCCUCUUCGCUGUCCGAGAGUGCCCCCAGGCAUCCACGGGCUUCACACCCUUCGAGCUCCUCUUCGGACGGCGGCCGCGUGGACUGCUGGACGUGGCACGGGAAGCCUGGGAAGAACAGCCUCCCCCGUUCCGCUUGGUCAUCGAGUAUGUACAGGAUAUGCAGGAGAAGAUCGACCGAGUGGCCCCGAUCGUCCAGGAACAUAUGAGAGCCGCCCAGGAGGAACAGAAACGAGUGUACAACUGCCCAACGCAACCCUGUGAGUUCUAA